CACACAGCGAUGGCGCCUUUCCCGGACUUGGUGGGUGUACAUGAACCGCACCACUGGCAGCCUCAACGACCCCAACACAAACAACGCCACCACCUUCAACUCCUCCUCGCUCUUCACCACCCCGCCCCUGCGCGGGCGCUACCACGACGGCGGCUGCCGUACUGGAAGUGCAAUGCCGACAACACCAAGUGCCACGGCAUGUUCAUGUACACCUACGCCUCCGACAACGGCGGCACCUACAACCGCGGUGGUCAGGGUCUGGACAUUUCCCCCUACAACGGCGUUGUGCCUCGCUACUACUGGAACGUUGCCGUCAACCCCGACCCGUCCAAGCCGUACGUGGUCCUGGACAUGACUUCCAGCGGCGGCAAGAACCUGAUCAUGGAGGCCCACAAGAAGGUCGUCGACUACCACAUCAGCAUCAACGCUUCCAUCCCCGAGCCCUACGCCUCCACCUACCCCAGCCAGGCUGUCGUCGUGGUGUGGGACCCCCAGAUCCAGUGGACCGGCGGCGCCUGGCACUCGUACAAGAACGGCAUCUACGGCAGCCAGGUGUCCACCAACUACACCGACCCCCGCAACGCCGUGCCUGUGGCCUCCAUCAAGCCCUUCGCCGGCGAGAACGUCUGGGUGGCCAACGAGGCCUUCUCCGCUGUGCAGGGCUGGGCUGAGGGCUCCCUGAUCAUGGCCGAGAACGUGGUUACCCAGCUGGGCGCCGCCCGUCCCACCUUCAUCUCUACCCAGCGCCACGACUGCGUCCUGUACCCCAGCUACAACUACAACGCCACGCUGUGCGCGCUGAGCCUGAACCCGCUGGUCCAGGGUGUCACUCGCCGCCGUGCCGCCGCCGUCUCCGCCUCCGCUUCCAUCGCGUCGGAGACCCUGAAGGCCGCUGCCGCCGGCCUGUCGGGCGGCCGCAAGCUGGGCGCGUACUAAGCAACGCGCGAACCCGUCAUAAAACCCACUCAAUCAUGCAUGCUUUUAUAGCUAUGGCGGAAGAAGUCUCAUGAGACUUUGUAUGCACAUGUUGCUGUAAGUGGUGAUUACUAAGAUGAGCAUAUGAUGUAGAUGGCAGUACCGGGUCCGCACAAAGUGAGUAGUGUAAAUAGUUACGGGGCGAAUGUUCUGUUCAUCUUUCUGUUCCAACGGGUUCCAAUGCUGAGUGUGUCUGGAGCUCAAGGACUCUCCAGGUUUUGCGCUACGGACGCCGGAUGUUAUGCGUGCGUGCCACGCACGAUGGUAGCAGCGGGUUUUACCCCGGGGCAAUCGUGUCAUAAGCCAGUGUCUUACAGCGACCGGAUUUCAGUCCGUGUCAUAUUACAGUAUCUUAUCUUGGCGCGGAGACUCACCCAAGGGCCUGCGCUUGCACGUAGUUUGCUUGUGAUAGUUCCUGCUUUCCCGUGUUGUUCUCCUGCCCUUUGUAUCAGUAGCUUGCGGCUGGGGCGUUGCCUGCUGUACAUCCACCCAGACGGUGUAGCCCUGAUGUGGUGUCGCACAACGCGGAAGUUGAGCGGGACCAGGCGGUCGUAUGCCGGCUGUGGUGGUACCGGAUCGCUUCCGUUGAGGGCGUCGCCGCGGGGGCCUCGCCACCUGCAUGCGGUGUGGACUCAGCCUCGUCCGCCGCCCCGUUGUAACUAAGUCUCAUCU